CUCGGCGAUGUUUCGUUUUCUAGAUGAGGAAUUACGGCGUUUUAUACCCAGUAAAUGGACGGAGACCGGGUCAAUUAGCCGAGAAAAGCGACAAAUCAGGAAAGCGGCACCUCGGCCCCGUCCCCCCCCUGGCCAAUCAGUGCCGUCCCUCAGAAACCUGUUUAAUGGGCCAUAUUCCGCUUGAACCUUUUGAGUUUUCAAAUCCACUUUUGGCGUUUAAAAGGCCCAAAAUCCCGCACCAGAUAGAAACUAGAGGCUUAUUUUGAGCACCCUUAUACCAGCACACGCGCGGAAAUAGAGAGAGAAGUGUGAAUAUCCAGAAUAAAAUAUUAAAAUAAUCAGUGGCCAGUCUCCCAACCAGGCAAGGUGCUACCAACAAAUUGUUCAACAUGAGUGAACAGUGCUUCUGUCUACGGUGGAAUAAUUACCAGAGCAGCGUGGUCGGGGUCCUACGCACGCUGCUUGAGGAAGGACAUUUCGUAGAUGUCACUUUAGCCUGUGAUGGAAGACAGCUGAAGGCACAUAAGCUGAUGCUGUCAGCUUGUUCCAAUUUUUUCAGGGAUUUGCUAAAGGAAAACCCCAGUGAACAUCCUAUUAUUUUUCUUCGUGAUGUAAGGUUUUGGGAACUAGAGUCUAUCAUGGACUUCAUUUACAAUGGGCAGGUUAACGUUAUGCAGGAUCAGUUACCAGGUUUUAUUCGCACUGCCGAAGCCCUACAGAUCAAAGGGCUGGCAGCAGUAAAUAAUAACAACAAUAACAUCCAUGCCAAGCCACCCGAUGCUAGGCACUUUUGUGGCGAAAUUGGCCGCCUGCCUGAGCCCUACUUGGGUGGUGGUGGGGAAACGGGGGGAGAGCCCCACCAGCCUCCACCUCUCAAGAGGCCUCGGAGACCCCUCCCUGCCACCCACACCCUCCUCCCACCAAG